GUUAUAAUAUGCGGCUCUGAUGGGGGUUCGGAGAGAGAGCGCAGGCGCAGUCAUCCGAGUUAUGGUUGAAAACUAGCAGCUAUGCCGCGCAGUGUAGGACCCCAGCUAAAUGUGUCUGACAACAGCGUUAGAGGUGGAUCCACUGAGGAGAACUGAGCAGUGGACAAAUAAAACGGAACAUCUGCAACACAAUUGCGAAUUAUUGUCUUCUCCGGAUAACUUCCUCUUCCAUCCUCGACGAGCCGAGGCGACGAUCAUUCUUUCCCCGGGCAUGCGAGAGAGAUACGGUCACCGCCAAUGUUCCUCCUAGCCUCCGCCUGAGACGCCAGGGAUUUACUCCUUGUCCGUUUGUUUUGAUUGACUAUUAAUAAAACAAGCAGAAACAAUUAAGGGGCUUCAUUAUGAUUUUGUUAGCAUUUCACACUAGGAGACGUUUGAAUAGCUUUUAUUUAGGGACGUUGUGCUUGCAAUUCUUGCUGUGGAUUUUAUGUGCCGUGAAUGGAGAGGAACAACCGUUCAGCGUAGAGACAUGGCUUCAGACGUAUGGCUACCUUCCCCCUACAGACCCCAGGAUGUCGGUCCUGCGGACGGCCCAGACCAUGCAGUCUGCUAUCGCUGCCAUGCAGCGUCUCUAUGGCCUCAACGUCACAGGAUCGCUGGACAGGAACACGAUAGACUGGAUGAAGAAGCCCCGAUGUGGUGUACCAGACCAGCUAGGAGGGGCGUCCAAAUUCAGUGUCCGGAAAAAGCGGUACGCCCUCACGGGGCAGAAGUGGCAGCAUAAGCAUAUCACAUACAGCAUAAAGAACGUCACACCCAAGGUGGGCGCAGAGGAAACCCAUGACGCCAUCCGGCGGGCGUUCGAUGUGUGGCAGAACGUGACUCCGCUCCGCUUCGAAGCCGUCCCCUACAGCGACCUGGAGCGUACCAAGAAGGACGUGGACAUCACCAUCAUCUUUGCCUCGGGUUUCCAUGGCGACAGUUCGCCCUUUGACGGAGAGGGAGGCUUCCUGGCCCACGCCUACUUCCCGGGCCCCGGAAUCGGAGGGGACACCCACUUUGACUCAGACGAACCCUGGACCCUGGGCAACCCAAACCACGACGGUAAGAUGGGUAAUGAUCUGUUCCUAGUGGCAGUCCAUGAGCUGGGCCAUGCCCUUGGUUUGGAACACUCCAACGAUCCCACAGCCAUCAUGGCCCCCUUCUACCAGUACAUGGACACAGAGAACUUCAAGCUGCCCCACGACGACCUCCAGGGCAUCCAGAAGAUCUACGGUCCACCAGAUAAGGUACCGCAGCCGACCAAGCCUUUACCAACAGCCCCCCCACACCGCUCGCAACCCCCCUCGGACCCUCGCAAGCCUGACAGGCAGACGCGACCCCCCAGGGUACCUACGGGGGACAAGCCCAGCCAGCCCAACGCCAAGCCUAACAUCUGUGAUGGGGGCUUCAACACCCUGGCCAUUCUGAGGCGAGAGAUGUUCGUGUUCAAGGAUCACUGGUUUUGGAGGGUACGGGACAACGCAGUGAUGACGGGGUACCCCAUGCUCAUCAAUGUCUUCUGGAGAGGACUGCCCCCCAAGAUAGACGCUGUCUACGAGAACAGCGAGGGGAAAUUUGUCUUCUUCAAAGGGAAGCAGUUCUGGGUGUUCAAGGACACCAUGCUCCAGCCCGGCUACCCCCAGGACAUCUCUAUGUUCGGCCACGGCAUGCCAACCCAGAGCAUCGAGACUGCCGUCUGGUGGGAGGACGUAGCCAAGACAUACUUCUUCAAAGGGGACAGGUACUGGCGCUACAAUGAGGACAUGAGGACAAUGGACCCAGGCUAUCCUAAAUCCAUCACUGUCUGGAAGGGCGUCCCAGACUCUCCACAAGGAGCCUUCGUAGACAAAGCCAAUGGUUUCACCUACUUCUACAAAGGGAAAGAGUACUGGAAGUUCAACAAUCAGAGGUUGCGAGUCGAACCCGGUUACCCCCGCUCCAUCCUGAAGGACUUCAUGGGCUGCGACCUGACCCCCAUCGACCCCGAGUGGCCGCCCACGGAGGACGUCGACAUUGUCAUUGAGCUGGAAAACGAGGCCAACACAGUGAAGGCCAUUGCCAUCGUGAUCCCCUGUGUCCUGGCGCUCUGUCUUCUUGUCCUGGUCUACACCGUCUUCCAGUUUAAGAGGAAGGGAACGCCCAGACACAUACUGUACUGCAAACGCUCCAUGCAGGAGUGGGUGUGAUGACUCUGGGUGACACACAGGGGUCCGCUAGUUGGACCAAUAUGACUUUAUUAUACCCUCUAGUAUAAUGGAAUCAAUGGUCCGGAAAUGACAUCCAGACAGGUGGUGGCGGUUGCAGUACGUCGGUGACUCCACUAUGAUCUGAUCUCACUUUAGGCCUACUCCCAAGACUCCCCCGUCUUUUCAAAUGGGGGCGGGAGAGGGUGGGGCCUUUGCCUAGAUACCCCUCCACCCUGAGAUUGAACAGAGGGUACUGUUAUUUUGUAUCCCUUCAACCCCCAUUCCUAGCCCCGCCCUUUUAGGACGGCGCCUGGUGCAACCGCUCUUAAACGGGGAAGAACUUUCAUGUGGCGUUCAACUCUUCCCAUGGUGCACUGCGUCAGUCAUCUUCCUGUUGUCAUAUCAGGCUGUCGCCCAAUCAGAGGAAAACAGCCGGUUCUUAUCUACAGUAUCUUAGGUCUUAACCCCUACUGCACGCGCUCAGAAAGACAAAAGAACCCCAAUAACAAAUGUUGCUGAAGUUAACCACCGAGUUACCAACUCCUGUCUCUUUUUAUUGUUUUUUUCCUUCAAAAUAUAAUUUAUUUUUCAAAAAUGAACGUUUUUUCAGUCCCCUUUAAAACAGUCCUGAAGAAAAAUACAACCCAAACCAAAUAAAUACGUUUUUUCUCUCUAAAGAGGAUGCUUUUUUUUUUUCUUAAUCAUUUUUGCUAUCACUUUCUUUUUAUUUUCUUUUCUUUUUUCUAUCCCUGCUCUUCUUGAUCGUUUAUGCAGUGGAAACUUUGACUGUUGUGGCAGUCUGUCUCAAAAACAGGGGCCAAAAUAUUUUGCAAUAUUUUUAAUCGCCUUAAUUAAAGAUCAAUUGUGUUCUUCUUGUGUUUAAUUUUCUUGUUUUUUGCUAUUUUGUAUACUGCUUUGUUUGUUUAUUUGUUUACUUGUUUAUUGAAAGAGCUGUUGGGGCCAUAUUGGUUGCUAUCCAAGAUAAAUAGUCAUGGGUUCAACAAGCUGCGUGCCAAAUGACACCCUAUUCCCUAGAUACUAGUAGUAUAUAAUAUCUAGGGAGUAGGGUGCCAUUGGGGGCACAGACCAUGUUCUAUUACCCAGAGGCAUCAGCGCUGGUUUGCCAGACCACCAGAACAGGAGAAAGAUUCUGCCUGUAUAUAGAGUUUAAGAUAUUAGUCAAAAUAGGGAGGAUGAUGGUUCUUGAAAAAAAGCCACUAAAGUUGAGUGUUAUGGUAAUGUUAUGGUAUCUGACUUGAUAUAUAUCAGUUUGAUAGGAAAGACUGAUAAGUUAAAGAGAUUAAAAUGCUGUUACACUAUAGAUUAGCUUAUUGUUUGGUCCUGUCAACCGACACUUACCCCUCUGAAAUGGUAGUUCUGUAUUGGUUAAGUUUGCAUCCAAAAUAAUUGUAUGGUCUUUGUAAACGUACGGACAGACCGUAUUUAAUCUUCUUGACUGCCUUGUUGAGAGAGUUCUACUUAAGUCACAGACGCCUACUACCCAUGAUGCACUUGUCCCUCGACCGAGGACCAAUAGGAGUGACAGUGACGUCAGUCAAGACAAUGCAGUGUCUUCUCCUGUGUCCAAGUGCAUGCAAGCAUCUACAUCCACGUUUGGACUGCUCAGAAAACCUCUACGGAAAUCAAACAGAAGAAGUGGAAACCAACGAUAUGGACAAACCGGAUUCACAGAUACAGCAGUUUGUUCCUCCAGUGCUUGAAAACAGGUUGCAGUUACAGUUCGGUGGAACAUUCCUGCAGGUUCCUUGUAUGCGAAUAGAACACACCAUGUGGCAUGCAGCUUGACCAGUGGUUCUGUCCAAAGCUUACGGAAGGACUCGAUGACGAUGCUCAAACUCUUGAAUAUACCUUUGUCUGCAUCUAUUUGUUUAUGUUUCAUGGCUGCGGGUUCCCUUCCUGGUACCAUAAAAACAAAAAGAGUCAUUGGAACCUCACGAUUCAAAUGGAAAAUAUCUCACCGGAGCUAUAGGAAGCAGGCAUUUAGGUCAUUUCUUGGUAAUUGGCGAGUUUAGGUUAGGUUGGCCAGAGGAAACUUGAUUUGAUUUGGUCACUGAAUUCUAAAAAAGUAACUAGUGUCGUUGCUUCAUGGUGAGCAGUGUUUGAAUGUGUGUCUGUUUCAUGAUAAUGGUUUCUACUUUCUUUCUUUUUGCAAAAACAAAUGCGACAUCCUUCUUCCUUCUUCGUGUAAGACAGAUUGGGACAAUGGAAAAUGUCCUGACAGAAUUAAUAAAUUGAUCAGUAUAUGAUUAAAAAAUGAUGCCUUGAAACUCAUUGUUUAUAUUUAUAUAUACAUGAUAUACCCAAUGACGUUGUGGCGUAAGGGUGUGUUAUGUGAAUAGUUUUGCUAUGGGGGUGUGAGGUGGGAUUUGACAUGUUUUAGCUAUGUGUGUAAGCUUGCCCCUUGCUGUGUUCUUAAUGGUAAAUCCUCACCAAAUCCAAACCACUUCGGCUCACAAUCCAUUUCUCUCAGAAGAGAUUAACUCACACAUGUCUGAUGUGUAGAAAACAACUCAAUUGGUUUGAGAUGUCAAGACACAGUACAGUGCUCUCAAUAGACAUGUACUUAAACCUUAUUUACCAGACACUCAGCAAGUAUCCGGCAGCCAGGGCAAAUACAACAAACUCUAAAUAUAUUCUCCAAACUCUAGGGGGAUUUCCUUCGUCUAAUCCGACCACAAAAGGAAAAAUGACAACAUUUAUAUUUCAGACUUAAACCAUGUUGAUGUUUAUGCGGGAAAUACCAAGACUGAAAGCUCAACAUCCUUCUAACUGGUAUUAUGUGUCACAUUAAGUCGCGUGAUAAAAAUCAGACCUUUUAAAGAUAUGCAGGCAUUUAAAGGCCCACUCUGUGAUUCUUACAGCUGUUUUGGAUCAUUUAAAAGCAUGCUGGAUAGCAGGCUACAGGGGCAGACGCCAGACAGUAGUGUUUAUUCUACUGCCACUGCACUCCAGUCCAGACGGUAACUAACUGCCAUCAACAAAGAGGUCGACCCAGUUCACUUACUUGGGCUUUGGUUGUGGUCAUGGACACAUACGGGGAGUAAGACGAUAGUCCUACUGUGGCUAGAGAGUUCACUGUUCCCUCGUCACAAUACAACUCAGCUGCAAAAUGGCGUCUGUGCUGUGAGUCUGACUUAGACAAUGGCAUAAUGGUUACAGUUAUGUUUAGGGCACAAUCCAGCCAUGGCUUUCUUCUAGGGCUUUUUGUCUUCUGUUUGCACUUUUUACCACUUAGCAAGUGAUGCAAAUACACUCCUGUUUCUUUUCAAAUGCCUGUGUGUGUGUGUGUGUGUGUGUGUGUGUGUGUGUGUGUGUGUGUGUGUGUGUGUGUGUGUGUGUGUGUGUGUGUGUGUGUGUGUGUGUGUGUGUGUGUGUGUGUGUGUGUGUGUGCGUGUGUGUGUGUGUGUGUGUGUGUGUGUGUGUGUGUGUGUGUGUGUGCGCACGGGCGUGUUUGCCGCCUGCGUGUCUGCCUUUUACGUCUCUAGCAUUACUUACCACUGGCUGUGUGCUUAUUCACAAAUGUAAGUCCGGGUCUCUUGUCUACGUCUACAUGUCAUUCAGUGUGUGUGUGUGUGUAUCUACGUCUGUAUCUGGUUCUGUAGCUCGAGACUGGAGCCUGCACUGUCCCUUGGAGACGUGUUGCUCUGGGAGGCAGGCUGAAACAUUGGUGCUAACCGAACCUACAGAACACUAGCCAGGGCUGGAGCUAUGGCCAAGCAGGGCUAGUUUUAUGGUGCUGUUUUUUGGUUGUUUUCCCCCCCUAUUCUGUCAUUGACUUAAACUUGAGUGAUUACAACGUGAACAAGAGUCAUACAUUUUCAUUUAACACGAGUCGUUACGGUGCAGUGUUUAAUGGCUGUAGGUAAAUGGAAAGCAUAUAUCAUCCUGGUGGUUGUUAAUGUAAUGUAUCCCAGCAGCCACUCUGCUAAGAGACUAGGGUCGCUACUAAAAGGUCACAGGGUCAAGUAGUCACCCAGACCCAGUGGUGUAUAGCCUGCGUCCCAAAUGGUACCGUAUUCCCUUUAUAGUGCUCUGUGGGCUCUGGUCAAAAGUAGGACACUAUAAAGGGAAUAGGGUGCCAUUUGGUACGCUCCCGUAGCUUACGAGGUCUGAUGGUAGGUAUGGAGGAAAGAGAGGAGGGAGCAAGACAUUGAAAAGGUGAAGGUUAUUUAUGUUUCACUGUAAAAUACACCAGCGAAUGGAAGUGGGUUGGAAAUACAGGUUGAACCUCUGUUUUCUGGAAUAGCGAAGAAAUAGAAAUAAUUGUUCAACCAUCUUCUUACCUCUUCUCACCAUGGUCCACAUCUGUUAUCAACGUGUGUAUCAGGCAGAGAGUGGAGGGGUUAACAGUGAUAACCACAGGACUUGUGUGUGUGUGUGUGUGUGUGUGUACUGAGUCAGAUGUAUGCUGUUCCAUUGUAUAUGUGUGUGUACAGUAUGUGUGUAUCAAGGGGACUGACCCCCCCCCCUCAUGCAAACACUAUGCUAUGUCUUCAUUUUCCUGUAUUCAUGUCAUUACAUUUGGGGAGGGGUCUUAUUAAGAUAAAUAAGAAACAUAAUGAACUACACAUUAACCAUCUUUUGUAUACUAUUUUCCAUCUUACCUACAUGCUGAGCAUCAUUCUCUACAUUGUGUUGUAUCAAUGGAGCCUGGAUCCGUCUUGUUGAUCAAUAAAGACAUUUUGAAGAUGUCCUCAUUUGCGUUUUGUCAUGUUCAUGCAAGUGUGAUACUAACACAUCUUUUCCAUGUCAAGUUUCAGUUGGUUUUCCAUUGAUGUUCACUAAUAUUCAUUCGACCUCAGCGAUAUAAAAUAAGUGAAGUCACAUUUCAGCUGUGUUUUCACUGUCAUGAGCCAGGUCUUACUAUGGCUGCAGUAGAGUAUGUAUCAAGGCAGGAAAGCAUUAAACUAUUUCCUCCA